CAGAAAUCUAAGAACAAUAAAUUGAAUAAAGGACGGCGACUGCUAGGGCAAGAUAUCUGGCCAGAUUCGAAAGCGCAGGUCCGCAUCUAGGUUGCAUCGUUGCCGGAAAGAGUGGGCUGAGUCUAUAAUGUGUAUCCACGCGCGCAGUGAUGUUGGAAGGCCCUGUUAGUAUCAGCUCAUUGUAUGCAGCAGUGUUCUCGCCUGAUUGACUGCGUUUGAGGUUAAAAUUUAAUGGCGUUGCGGUUUUCCUGUUUCUAUGAACUGAGGUCGCAAGCAAUUAUAGAUGUAUUCGAUCGAUGAAUAUGAAAAGGGGCCGUAUAUUGUUGAGUGAUACGUGUAAGGGUUAAAGCUUGUAGUUAUAUAAGUACAGAAGAGCCUGACGUAUUGGAGGUUCAUGAUUUAAUCAUUAAUCGCUCUUUUCAUUCUGACAGAGAAAGUAGGAUAAUGCUAAAUGCAAUGGAGUAUGAAUGCCAGUACAAUGCUGGCUACAGCAUUGUGUCUAACGGUAACGAAUACGGUCUCAUACAGGCCUACACGGCACACGAUUACCCCCUUGAAAACGGAGUGACGUUUUCAGCACCUCCGCCGGGCCAGCUCAUUCUUAAAGUUCUAAUACCGGGGUACGCUGCGGGGGCGGUGAUCGGGAAAGGCGGUCAGAUUAUUGUACAACUUCAGAAAGAUUCAGGGGCCAUUAUUAAGCUGUCAAAAGCGAAGGACUUUUACCCCGGAACCCAAGACCGAGUCGUUUUGAUCCAAGGAACCGCCGAAGGCUUGAUGAAGGUGCAAAAUACCAUUAUAGAGAAGGUGUACGAGUUCCCUGUGCCCAAAGAUUUAGCUGCGAUCAUCGGAGACCGACCGAAACAGGUGAAAAUCAUCGUACCCAACACAACUGCGGGACUGGUAAUAGGAAAGGCCGGCGCAACGAUAAAGACCAUUAUGGAAGAGAGUGGAUCGAAGGUUCAACUCUCGCAAAAGCCAGACGGGGUAAACGUCCAAGAACGAGUCAUCACAAUCAAAGGAGAGAAGCACCAACUCAUGACAGCAUCUAAUAUUAUUAUUGAUAAAAUUAAAGACGACCCUCAAAGCGCCAGUUGCCCUCACAUAAGUUACUCUGGCAUCGCUGGCCCGAUCGCUAACGCGAAUCCCACCGGAUCGCCCUACGCUGCUGGCUCGGCUGCAUUAGUUGACGCUUCGCACCCAUCCGUGGCCGCUAUGUUGGGACAUUAUGUUAUCCCAGGCCAACAGGUGCUGCAGACAGCAAUGCCACUCUCCCAUCACCCGCACCAGUCCGCGUUGUCCAGCGGCUCAGUGACACCGGCGCCUGAACUGACGACCAUAAAUCACGCCAUGACAACGUUAGCGAACUAUGGCUACACCUUAGGAGGCGUGAACUAUGGUACCUUGGGUGUAAUGCCUAGUGUACAUCCAAGUGUACACCCUGGCAUCGCUACCUCGGUCGGGAUGAUCUCUGCAGGCUCCCUAGCAGGAAGUCCAAUCCCUUCAGCUACCCCCUUGCUCUCUGCCACUGCUCUACCGACGGAAUCCAGUAUUCCGACGGCUGUUCCCACUGCCCAAGCCAUUUCAAUGCAGAGCAAUUACCUUGCAAACUUGGCUAAUGCUGGUUACCUGACUACCGGUCACCCACAGUUGCUUGGAGCGACGUCAGGCCUCGGCGGUCUCACCACAGUGUCCCAGCACCCGCCACCAGCGGCGACACCAACGAGUUUUUCCGUCGCUUCUACCCCUUCUACCCCUGGUCUGCCGGUUUCAUUUAGCCCCCAUUCAACCGUGAGUAUCCUAAGCAUCGAAAAGUCAAGCGACGGACAAAAAGAAACAAUUGAACUGGCAAUUCCCGAAAACCUGAUCGGAGCAGUCCUCGGAAAAGCGGGAAGGACACUGGUUGAGUAUCAGGAUGUAUCAGGGGCGAAAAUUCAAAUUUCUAAAAAGGGUGAUUACGUCGCCGGGACCAGGAACAGGAGGGUUACGAUUACGGGGAAGCCCCCAUGCCCACAGACUGCGCAGUUUCUUAUUACGCAACGUGUCGCCUCUGCGCAAAACGCAAGGGCACAGCAGGCUAAGUUACUGUAGGUCAGGAACCACGCCAGUCUUCCACAAAUGUGCUGCCGCAUAUUGUUUUACCUUAGUAGUUUGUACUUUUAGUAAGGUUGAAUUUUUCGCACUGAGGAGCGCUAAGUACGUUUCUUAAAAAGUCUCUUCUCCAAAUCAAGUCUUCCGGGCCAUUCGCCAAAAUCGCAUCUAAAUUCGAUCAUCUUAAACAGCGUACACGACUUUGCUUUUUUUCGGCGUUCACGAAACGCGCUCAUACAUUAUUCAAGUCAAUUACGAAAUCUCUGCGAGUUUGUGACGCACUACUGUGCACUACCAUCGAUCCCGCUUUUCCGUAUCGGAUUUCGACCAAAUUUAACUCGGUCGAGAUAGAUGAUGCAAAAAAUAAGUAAUUUUAUCGCUUGGAAAACAGCAACAAGGGCUUGUUUCAUUUUCGUCCAUUUUUCAAGGUGAAGUUUUCCGCAUGCUCGUCGGCGAGUUGUAGCAACAUUCAUGCCAUUUUUAGACGUGCUUUCACGCUCGAAACGGUAACCUCUCAAAGUAAACUUUAAUUUUAAUCCGUUUCACGCAUCUAAUCCAACCUUUUGAUUAAUCAGACGCACCACUCAAAACACCACCAUUGAAUAGUUAAACGGGUUACACGCACCUAUUUCGUUCGGGAUAAAUAAUUCAUAACGACCGAUGUUAAGGCGCGAGGUCGCAGAUUCGAUGUCGCUUACACGACUAGACCUUGACCGAAGUUUGCAGAAAAGCAGUGACGUCACGCUCAGCUGUUUUCUGCAGUCCCUAGCGAGAUAGCUUGGCAAUUACUCAAUGCGCCAGCGAAUACUGCAGCGCCUAGGCCUAAUUAUUGCCAAACCGAAUUCCAAACUGCAACAGCACUCGCCUCCAAAGAAAUCGAUCGGCAUGGAAAAAUUAUCACGCGGUGUGGACUCGGGGGAGACGGUUCUGUUGAAAAACACGCUGCUCGAAACUACGCGGCGAGAUUUUUAGACAUCUUGCCCGCCAUAAGACCAUACUGAUCAUUUCGUUUUUAGAACAAGUUCAACGGCAUCGUAGCGUGUUUGUUUUCUUUUGUUAUUUUCGCAUUAGGCAUUGCAUGGUCAUUCUAUUCUUAGUUCGUUUGAUUCGCCAGUCGAUAACACCCUAAACUGAUCAUUUAUCGUUCUUUCUUUCCUUAGACAUUUUAUAUCAAGUUUUCUGUUUCUCCUCUUUCGUCAUGGUUGGCUACGUCAUGGCUGUUGGUUCCUCGUCAUACCUCCUACAUCACAAUCAAUUGACAGUAGGCAUUUAGACGUCACACGCAUAAACAAUGUCGCUAAUUUACAAAACGGCGGCAAAUAAGCCUACAUACCCUCACCUAAGCGAAUCAAUCAUUCUACAAACGUCCUGUACUGUCAUCUGCCACCUCCGUUCACACAUGAACUGUAUCUCCAUAUAGCCUCAAACGCACCGAAUCAAAACGUAAAUCAAACCAUACCACGAGAUCAGAGCAACGCCGAUUUUCUAUCCCUUACAUAUCACACAAAAUCUAAAUUCUAAAUCAUCAAAAAUUUAUCAAAUGAUUCUUCAAAGCACACUUACAUGUUAUCAGUUAACUAAGCACAACUCACCUUAAAACCCAGCCAAGGACUAGCCCCAAAUGUCUUUUAGAAACAGAACACAAUAACAGGGAUCUACAAACAUACGAAUGCUUGCUGUCGAAGGAACCAACUUUUGCCGCCGACCAAACCAACCAUGACGGGUGAGUUUUAACAUAAAUAUAUUAUAAACAAAUUAAAAGUGUUGGUGGGGGUAUGUGCUGCUCUGCUUUGAAGCAAAAUGCGGCCUAUCCUUAUGUGUUUUUUCACUGUGUCGUGUUUUAAUUUGAGGCUAAGCUAAAACUAUUGCAACCACGACGUCUUCACAGUGUUAUGUAGUUUUCUUUUUUUGACAGAACUAUUAUUUUUUGGAUUUACAAAACGCUCGUUCGUUACUUGCAUGCGCUAAUAUUUUAUUGCUUUUUUUUUCUCACUGAGUUCCCGAUAUUUAUCUAACAUGUCAAACGUACUACUUAAACACUUUUAUUUUCCGUACUAGUGAAGCACCCGCAAUAGGGUUGCCUGCUGUCGAAAAGCAGCCUUCAUUUCGAAAUUAAAAAUGUCGAUUUAUUUUUUGGCUUUUUAUAAGUGAAAUAGCUGCCUGAUACAGUCACAGGCACCGCUGCUUCCAGUUACGGACUGUUGGUUUAUUUGUGAUGUAUAUUUUUCUAAUAAACUAAAUGCACGAUCCAACAAAAGUAUAUUUCGUGCUAGGAUUCAUAACUUUGAAGCCAUUCCAUAUAAUUUGUCGUCAUCGGUAGUGUUUUCGUCCUGAUUUUAUAACCAACUAACAUUGUCAUGUUCGGUGUUUAACAUUAUAUAUAUAUAUCAUUCAUUGCCGUGUAUUCCGCAUCGUUUUCAGUUAUGUUGCGCCAAUUCCUAUUCCGGUCGUUUUUCAUAUUUUUUCUUCAAACUCACGAACGAUUCCUUCAUUUUCCGUCGCUGCCCCAUUUUCAUCAUACUAACAAAUAUGAACAUCGUGGUGUUGAUACCACACCUGCAUGCGUAAUUCAAACGUGUCCAACAUGAUGGUCACCACCGAAUCGAUCUUAUGGAACCUUAUAAUAGAAAAGGUUUAUCAGUCGGUAUUGUCACGUACUUAGUAGCUGAUCGAUUAAUUUCUCUUCAGAAUCAGGUGUUGCUGCAUUGCCAGCAAAUCUUUAACAACACUACGGUGCCCGCUUUGACGUUUUUUGUGGUUAUAUUUCUGUGAUCAUUCGUGCCAUGACAGCCACGUGAUUCAGUGUCGAUUCAUUUACGUCACAAUAUACAUUAUCAUCAUCAUAA